AUGCUUCACAACAGUAGUACCGCGGAACAUAUUCCGGUUCUCACAAGCUUGUCAAAACAACCCAGAAGAGGCAAUAACUAUGUUUUGUUUGCUGCAUCCCACCUAAACCACUACAACAAUUUAACGAGUCUACGUUAUGUCGGUUCCAACACCUUCUUUUUUAAGACGACAUUUGAUGGCGUGAAUGAUUUUCUUGUCUCAACUGAUGUGGUUGAAUUACAUGGCGUGGUAGAAUACAACAGGCUCAUGCCAAAGGUGGUCUUACGUCGCCCUGAUCAACAUAAGAAUGUUAUUUGUCGCUUCAAAGAUAUCGUUUGUAACGUUGGCCAUGUCCAAUACACCAUGGCUGAAAAUUAUUACACAGUCAUAUAG